AUGAUUACAACAGAUAAACGUUGGAUUAAACAGUAUGUUCUUGGUGUUGGAUUUAAUGGCCCUGUAUAUUUGGCAACACAUUCUUCUGCCAACAAUUAUUCACAAGCUGUAGCUGUCAAAUCUGCACAAAUUGGAUCAGAUGAGUACUCUAUUCUACGUGAAGAAGGAAAAAUUUUGAACAAAUUAAAAGGUUGCCCUUACAUCGUUCGAUGUUUUGGGGAAGACGAAAGUAUUGAAUACACAAAGUGGACGUAUAAUCUCUUGCUUGAAUGCGCCCCUAGUCGCACUUUACGAGAUUUCAUACUUUGGAAUGGAAGAAUUACGGAACCAGUGGCAGCACUUUAUGCAUAUCAACUCUUGACGGGUAUCCGUCACAUUCAUAACAAAGGGUUUAUUCAUGGGGAUAUAAAAUUAAGUAAUAUACUUAUUUAUCCGGAUAACAAGUUGGUAAAAAUUGCGGAUUUUGGAUCAGCCAAAGAAGAAACAAGUCGUGAGCAUCAAGUUUUUGAUAUAUGUUCUAUAGGGUGUGUUGUCGCAAAGAUGCUUACCGGAAAGUACACUUGGUAUAAGGGACAGAUUAAACAAUAUCAACGUCAGAUUUGUGGUCUUGAUAUGCCUGAUGAAGAGUAUUUCGAUGAUGCUUCUAAAAUGGCUAUAGAUUUUGUAAUAAAUUGUUUGUUUUGUGAAUUUAGAUCAUUGAGUGUGGAUGAACUAAUUAAUCAUCCUUUUGUUCAGAAUGCAAUUACUACUUGUGGGAAUGAAGAUCACAUGAUCAGCAUCUCUAGUACUCAUACUCCUUUUGGUGAUUAUUGGGUUUUAGAGCGUGAUUUGUUUACUACAACUUCUGAGGAAUGGAAAGCCAAAAUAAGGAGAUCGAUCAAUGCUCACAAGAAAGAAAGAUAUACUUGUGGCUUAUCAAGGACAUCACUCUAG